ACUAGCAAACUACGGUCUUUAGCUGGCGAAAAAAAGUUAUCUCACGAAUGUCACUAUAAUCUUUAAAAGUAACGACUUUUAAAGAGAAAUGCUCCACGUCAUUUGUAGGAUUCAGACGUUCUAUUUUCAUUGCGUGACAAGCCUGUAGACGUUUGUAAGCUAACAGUCUCAGCUGGGCAGCGGUCGGCGUUAGCUUCAAAUGACUGUAUGGCUAAUGUCUGUAUGUCAAUAUCCACUUGCAAUGUGCUUGUUGCUUCACGACUACUCCAAAUGUUAGCAUGUUGUCGCCGCACUGCGGCUUCACAAUGCAACUGCAAAAGAAGCGGAUGCCACGUCAUGGUCUUGGGGAGGACCAAGUGGCAGCGGGACUUCACUUCCCAGAAAUCACGGCGGCUUCUCUUCAUUGGCGUGCUACCUCCUCAGCGUCCUCUGUAUAUACCGGCUGAUGCGAGUUGUUUCCCGGAGAGCCGCGUCCCCUAAACGCCUUCCUGCUGCAGCCACAGGCAGAUGGAGGACAGGAUGACGGAUGCCAGAUGGAUACUGAGCAGGUGCUGCCAAUAACCCUCGGUGAAGGAUGGCGGAAGGCGGUGAGGGAGAGGAGGAGAUCCAGUUCCUACGAACGGAUGACCAGGUGGUUCUGCAGUGCACCGCCUCCAUCCUGAAGGAGCAGCAGAUUAAACUUUGUCUGUCCUGCGAGGGCUUCGGGAACCGCCUCUGCUUCCUGGAGACCACGUCCAACGCUCAGAACGUGCCUCCAGACUUGGCGAUAUGCAACUUCAUUCUGGAGCAAUCCUUGUCGGUGCGUGCCCUGCAGGAGAUGCUGGCCAACACGGUGGAGAUGACCGAGGCAGUCGAUUUGGACAAAUGGUCCUCCCAAGGUGGCGGCCACCGCACCUUACUGUACGGCCACGCCAUCCUACUGAGACACAACCACUCUGGCAUGUACCUGAGCUGCUUGACUACGUCUCGCUCACUCACGGACAAGCUGGCCUUCGACGUGGGGCUACAGGAAGACUCCACCGGUGAGGCAUGCUGGUGGACCAUUCAUCCAGCCUCCAAGCAAAGGUCAGAAGGUGAAAAGGUCAGGGUGGGCGAUGACCUCAUCCUAGUCAGUGUAUCGUCAGAGAGAUACCUGCAUUUGUCCUACGCUAGUGGAGACCUCAUGGUGGACGCCUCCUUCAUGCAGACUCUGUGGAACAUGAACCCCAUUAGCUCAGGAUGUGAACUCGCUGAAGGGUUUUUGACGGGGGGUCACGUUCUCCGGCUGUUUCACGGCCACAUGGACGAAUGUCUGGCCAUCGCCACACCAGAGGAAGGAGAGGAGAAGCGCAGGAUGGCUCACUACGAAGGUGGUGCUGUGUGCAGCCAGGCUCGUUCCCUGUGGAGGCUGGAGCCUUUAAGGAUCAGUUGGAGCGGCAGCCACUUGAAGUGGGGGCAGUCUUUCCGCAUCCGCCACAUCACCACAGGCCGGUACCUGUGUCAGGAUGAGGAGAAGGGCCUGCUGGUGGUGGACUCGGACAGGGCCAACACCAAACUGUCUGCUUUCUGUUUCCGCGCUUCAAAGGAGAAGGUGGACGUGGCCCAGAAGCGAGACGUUGAGGGGAUGGGCAUCCCGGAGAUAAAGUACGGAGAGUCCAUGUGCUUUGUGCAGCAUGUGUCCACCGGCCUGUGGCUCACGUACGCCGCGCUGGAUGCCAAAGCUGCUCGCCUGGGAAUGAUGAAGAGGAAGGUCAUGCUGCACCAAGAAGGCCAUAUGGACGACGCCCUCACUGUGUCUCGAUCCCAGACUGAAGAGUCUCAAGCUGCUCGUAUGAUUUACAGCACCAUGGGUCUCUUCAGGCAGUUCAUCAAGGGCUUGGACUCUCUGAGCGGGAAGAACAAAUCUCCAGGAGCUGUGUCACUCCCUCUGGAGGGAGUCAUCCUCUCACUGCAAGAUCUCAUCUUCUACUUUAGUCCCCCCGAGGAGGAGCUGGAGCACGAGGAGAAGCAGACCAAGCUCCGCUCCCUGCGUAAUCGGCAGAAUCUCUUUCAAGAGGAGGGAAUGAUCACCAUCGUGCUGGAGUGCAUCGACCGGCUCAACGUGUACAACACAGCCGCGCACUUCUCUGAGUGUGCAGGGGAGGAAGCUGCCGAGUCCUGGAAGGAGAUUGUCAACCUUCUUUACGAGCUACUGGCUUCCCUCAUCAGGGGCAACCGUUCCAACUGCGCCUUGUUCUGCGACAAUCUGGACUGGCUGGUCAGCAAACUGGACCGUCUGGAGGCCUCGUCAGGUAUCCUGGAGGUGCUCUACUGUGUGCUCAUUGAAAGUCCUGAGGUUCUGAACAUCAUCCAGGAGAACCACAUCAAGUCCAUAAUCUCUCUUCUGGACAAGCACGGAAGGAACCACAAGGUUCUAGAUGUCCUUCGGUCUCUGUGUGUGUGCAACGGUGUCGCUGUGAGGUCCAAUCAGAACCUUAUCACUGAAAACCUGCUGCCGGGUCGCGACCUGCUGCUGCAGACCAACAUUGUGAACUACGUGACCAGUGUUCGGCCAAAUAUCUUUCUGGGCACAUGCGAGGGCUCCACGCAGUACAAGAAGUGGUACUACGAGAUGAUGGUGGACUACGUGGAGCCUUAUGUGACGGCGCAGGCGUCUCACCUGCGUGUGGGCUGGGCCAUGACAGAAGGCUACAGCCCCUACCCUGGAGGCGGGGAGGGCUGGGGGGGUAACGGCGUGGGAGACGACCUCUACUCCUACGGCUUUGAUGGUCUCCACUUAUGGUCAGGCACCGUCCCUCGCCAGGUGGCCUCGCCCAGCGCUCACACUCUAGCCGCCGACGAUGUGGUCAGUUGUUGUUUGGAUCUGAGCGUGCCCAGUAUCUCCUUCCGCAUAAACGGACACCCGGUUCAGGGCAUGUUUGAGAACUUCAACGUGGACGGCCUCUUCUUCCCAGUCAUUAGCUUCUCAGCUGGAGUCAAAGCUCGUUUCCUCUUGGGUGGUCGUCACGGAGACUUCAAAUUCAUGCCCCCGCCCGGCUACGCCCCGUGCUACGAGGCACUGCUGCCGAGGGAGAGGAUGCGCAUCGAGCCCAUCAAGGAGUACAAGCAUGACUUCAGCGGCGUGCGGAACCUGCUUGGGCCCACCCUGUCGCUCACCCACACUUCCUUCACACCCUGCCCGGUGGACACGGUCCAGAUUGUGUUGCCUCCGCACCUUGAGAGAAUUCGAGAGAAGCUGGCGGAGAACAUUCACGAGCUCUGGGCCAUCACCCGCAUUGAGCAGGGCUGGACUUAUGGGACUUUCAGAGAUGACAACAAGAAGCUUCAUCCGUGUUUGGUGGACUUCCAGAGUCUCCCCGAGCCUGAGAGGAACUACAACCUGCAGAUGUCUGGAGAGACUCUCAAGACUCUCCUGGCGCUGGGCUGCCAUGUGGGCAUGGGUGACGAGAAGGCAGAGGAGAAUCUUAAGAGGAUCAAGCUGCCAAAGACCUAUGUGAUGACCAACGGAUACAAGCCUGCACCACUCGACCUCAGCCAUGUCAAACUGACACCCAACCAGAACCAGCUGGUGGAGAAACUGGCAGAGAAUGGGCACAACGUCUGGGCAAGGGACCGCGUACGUCAGGGCUGGACUUACAGCAUCGUGCAGGACAUCCUUAAUAAGCGAAACCCUCGUCUGGUGCCCUACAACCUGCUGGACGAGAGAACCAAGAAAACCAACCGGGACAGUGUGAACAACGCGGUCCGCACACUCAUCGGCUACGGCUACAACAUCGAGCCUCCAGAUCAGGAGAGCACUGGACACGGCCUGGAGAACAUCCGCGGGGACAAGGUUCGAAUCUUCAGGGCCGAGAAGUCGUAUGCUAUCACGCAAGGGAAGUGGUACUUUGAGUUUGAAGCCGUCACCACGGGGGAAAUGAGAGUUGGCUGGGCUCGUCCGAGCGUCCGAUCGGAUACAGAGCUGGGAGCGGAUGAACUUGCUUAUGUCUUUAACGGCAAUAAGGCACAAAGGUGGCACAUUGGCAACGAGCCCUUCGGUCGCCAGUGGCAGUCGGGUGACGUGGUCGGUUGCAUGAUUGACCUGACGGAGAUGAACAUCAUGUUCACACUCAACGGCGAAAUGCUUAUCAGCGACUCUGGCUCGGAGAUGGCUUUUAAAGACAUUGAAAUUGGGGAAGGUUUUAUCCCGGUGUGUGCACUGGGCCUGUCCCAGGUUGGAAGGAUUAAUCUCGGUCAGAAUGUCAGCAGCCUGCGCUUCUUUGCAAUAUGUGGUCUUCAGGAGGGAUUCGAACCCUUUGCCAUCAACAUGAAGCGAGACAUCACCAUGUGGUUCAGUAAAAGUUUGCCUCAGUUUGGGCCCGUCCCUACCGAUCACAACCACCUCGAGGUGUCUCGCGUGGAUGGGACUGUGGACAGCGCCCCCUGUCUCAAGCUGACCCACAAGACCUUUGGGUCGCAGAACGCCAACACAGACAUGAUGUUCCUCAGGCUCAGCAUGCCUGUGCAGUUCCAUGAGACCUUCAAGAUCCCAGCGGGCACCACACUGCUCACCCGUGCGCUCACCAUACCCGAGGACCAAGUGGUGGUGGUGGAGCCGGAUUCUGAGUUUGAGGUGCUGAAGAAGUCUGCCAGCCGCAAGGAGCAGGAGGAGGACAAGAAGGAGCCGUCUGUGCCCAAGGAGGUCUCUGUGGAAAAUGAGAAGGACACCAUUUCCGAGAAAGGAAAGAAACGAGGAUUUUUUUUCAAGGCCAAGAAGGCAGCCAUGACACCUCUUGCCCCUCCUCCCGCCCCUCCCACUGUGCCUCGCUUGGUGGAAGAUGUGGUCCCUGAUGACCGAGAUGACCCUGAGAUCAUCAUGAACACCACCACAUACUACUAUUCUGUGAGGAUCUUUGCCGGGCAGGAGCCCUCCGGCGUGUGGGUCGGUUGGGUGACGCCUGACUACCACCAGUUUGAUCCCAACUUUGACCUCAGCAAAGUGCGGAGUGUUACCGUCACUGUUGGAGAUGAUAAAGGCAACAUACACGACAGUAUGAAGCACAGUAACUGUUACAUGGUUUGGGGAGGGGACCUCGUCAGCACCCAGCAGACCCGCUUCAGCCAGGAAGACAUGGUAGUCGGUUGCCUUGUCGAUCUGGCAACGGGUCUCAUGACCUUCACGGCCAAUGGCAAGGAAAUUAACACCUUCUACCAAGUGGAACCCAACACCAAGCUGUUCCCCGCCGUCUUCAUCCAGCCUUGCAGUCAGAACAUGGUGCAGCUGGAGCUGGGAAAACUCAAGAAUAUCAUGCCCAUCUCGGCAGCCAUGUUCCGCAGCGAGCGCAAGAAUCCGGUGCCCCAGUGCCCCCCCAGGCUGGACGUCCAGAUGCUGACCCCAGUCAUCUGGAGUCGCAUGCCCAAUCACUUCCUCAACCCUGAGGUGGGCAAAGUGAGCGAGAAGCUGGGCUGGAUGGUGGAGUGCACCGAGCCGCUCAUUAUGAUGGCGCUGCACAUCCCGGAGGAGAACAGGUGCAUUGAUAUCCUGGAACUGUCGGAGCGUCAGGAUCUGAUGAAGUUCCACUACCACACGCUCAUGCUCUACUGCGCCGUGUGCGCCCUGGGCAACAACCGGGUGGCUCACGCUCUGUGCAGCCACGUGGACGAAUCCCAGCUCUUCUACGCCAUCGAGAACACCUACCUGCCCGGACCGCUCCGAAGCGGCUAUUAUGACCUUCUCAUCAGCAUCCACCUGGAGUCCGCAAAACGGGCGCGCCUGGGCACCAACAAGGAGUUCAUCGUGCCCAUGACGGAGGACACGCUCAGCAUCAAGCUCUAUCCUGACGCCAAGAAGGCCCAUUCCCUCCCCGGUGUCGGCCUCACCACCUGCUUACGACCGAAGCUGCAUUUCUCAUCCAUCAACUUUGUGGGAAUGGAUCCUGACCUGUACACACUCAGCCCCAUCUUCCCUCUGCAGGAGCUGAAGACGCGGGCCAUCAGCAUGUUAACAGAGGCUGUUCUGGACGGUAGCCAGGCCAUGCGCGACCCAGUGGGAGGCAGCGUGGAGUUCCACUUCGUCCCAAUCCUGAAGCUGAUCAGCACGCUGCUCAUUAUGGGCAUCUUCAACGACGAAGACACCAAACACAUCCUGAAGAUGAUCGACCCCAACGUGUUCAGUGGAAAAGAAGAAGACGAAGGAGAAACGUCGGAAGCCCAAAGCGCCGAGGUGAAGGAGGAGGCAGAUGAACUGGAGGACGAGGGUAUGGGUGAGGAGGAGGAGGAGCUGAAAGACCUGAUGAAAGGAGAGCAUGAAGACGAUGAAGAAACUGAGCAGAAGGAGGAGGGACAAGACGAGGAGAAGGAGGAGGGAGAGGCCAAAGGAGGCAAGGUGGAUGGAGAGAAGGCAGAAGAAGAGAAGGAAACCGAGAUGGUGGAGGCUGAGUUCAAAGAGGACGAAGAGGGUCUUGAGGAAGGAUUACUCCAGAUGAAGUUACCAGAAUCCGUCAAACUUCAGAUGUGUACACUCCUGCAGUACUUCUGCGACUGUGAGCUGCGACACCGCGUGGAAGGCAUCGUCGCCUACUCAGACAAUUUCGUCCACAACAUUCAGGACAACCAGCGCAUUCGUUACAACCAGCUGAUGAGAGCCUUCACCAUGUCGGCGGCUGAGACCGCACGCAAGACUCGCGAGUUCCGCUCCCCGCCACAGGACCAGGUUCUUUUACUCACCAACUUUAAACACAGCCCAGAGGAUGAGGAUUGUCCCGUGCCCGAGGAUGUGCGUGAUACCCUAGCAGAGUUUCACAACGAUCUCCUGCUUCAUUGUGGCAUACAUGUAGAGGAGGAGGCUGAGGAAGAGGAGGUGGACACCUCACUGAGAGGAAGACUCCUCAGUCUGGUGGAUAAAAUUAAGAGCUUGCGUAAGAAGAAUGAGGAGGAGAGGCCUGAGGCAGAGGAGGAGCCAAAACCUAGCACCCUUCAGGAGCUCAUCUCCCACACCAUGAUCCAUUGGGCCCAGGAGUCGUUCAUCCAGAACCCGGAGCUGGUUCGCCUGAUGUUCAGCCUGCUCCACAGGCAGUACGACGGACUCGGCGAGCUGAUCCGAGCGCUGCCCAAAGCCUACGCCAUCAAUGCCGUGUCUUAUCAGGACACCAUGGACCUGCUGGAGUGUCUAGGGCAGAUCCGCUCGCUGCUCAUUGUCCAGAUGGGCCCCGAGGAGGAACGCCUCAUGAUCCAGAGCAUCGGGAAUAUCAUGAACAACAAGGUUUUCUACCAACACCCCAAUUUGAUGAGAGCUCUUGGAAUGCAUGAGACCGUCAUGGAGGUGAUGGUCAAUGUGCUGGGCGGAGGAGGAGAUUCCAAGGAGAUCCGAUUCCCGCAAAUGGUGACCAACUGCUGCCGCUUCCUGUGCUACUUCUGUCGGAUCAGCCGGCAGAACCAGCGCUCCAUGUUCGACCAUCUGAGCUACCUGCUGCAGAACAGCGGCAUCGGGUUAGGUAUGCGUGGUUCCACCCCUCUGGAUGUGGCGGCGGCGUCCUGCAUUGACAACAAUGAGCUGGCCUUGGCGCUGCAGGAGCAGGAUCUUGAAAUGGUGGUGACAUACCUGGCCGGGUGUGGGCUGCAGAUGUGUCCCAUGCUGCUGUCUAAGGGCUACCCUGACAUUGGCUGGAACCCCUGCGGAGGGGAGCGAUAUUUGGAUUUCCUCCGCUUUGCCGUCUUUGUGAACGGAGAGAGCGUGGAGGAGAACGCCAAUGUCGUGGUGCGUCUUCUCAUCCGCCGACCUGAGUGUUUCGGCCCGGCGCUUCGGGGAGAGGGUGGGAACGGCCUGCUGGCCGCCAUGGAGGAAGCCAUUAAGAUCUCAGAGGACCCAGCGAGGGACGGACCUACUGUCAAAAAAGACAGACGCUUCAUGUUUGGUGGUGAGGAACAGCAGGAGGAGAACCGAGUGCACUUGGGAAACGCCAUCAUGUCCUUCUACUCGGCCCUCAUUGACCUGCUGGGUCGCUGUGCACCUGAGAUGCAUCUGAUCCAAGCAGGAAAGGGUGAAGCUCUGAGAAUCCGAGCCAUCCUGAGGUCUCUGGUGCCCAUUGAGGAUCUGGUUGGAGUCAUCAGCCUGCCUGUGCAGAUUCCUGCUCACGGCAAAGACGGACAAAUUGUUGAGCCCAAGAUGUCUGCCAGCUUUGUUCCCGACCACAAAGCCUCCAUGGUGCUCUUCCUGGAUAGAGUGUACGGCAUCGAAAACCAGGACUUCUUGCUUCAUGUGUUGGAGGUCGGCUUCCUGCCCGACAUGAGAGCCGCAGCUUCUCUGGACACUGCGUCGUUCAGCACGACUGAAAUGGCGCUGGCGCUGAAUCGCUACCUCUGCUCGGCCGUUCUGCCCCUGCUCACCAAGUGCGCCCCCUUAUUCGCCGGCACCGACCACCGUGCCAUCAUGAUCGACUCCAUGCUCCACACCAUCUACCGCCUGUCCCGCGGCCGAGCCCUCACCAAGGCCCAGAGGGACGUCAUCGAGGAGUGCCUCAUGUCGCUCUGCAAGUAUCUUCGACCUUCCAUGCUUCAGCACCUGCUCAGAAGGCUGGUGUUUGACGUGCCCAUCCUCAACGAAUAUGCAAAGAUGCCGCUCAAGCUUUUGACCAACCACUACGAGCGCUGCUGGAAGUACUACUGCUUGCCAAAUGGCUGGGCCAACUUUGGGGUGACGUCAGAGGAGGAGCUCCAUCUCUCUCGCAAACUCUUCUGGGGAAUAUUUGAAUCUUUGGCUCACAAGAAAUUUGAUGCAGAGCUCUUCAAGAUCGCCAUGCCAUGCCUGUGUGCCAUAGCCGGAGCCAUCCCGCCUGACUACGUGGAUGCUAGCUACUCCUCUCACACUGAGAAGAAGGCGUCAGUGGAUGCUGAGGGCAACUUUGAUCCCAAACCGGUGGAGACCACAAAUACCAUCAUCCCGGAGAGGUUGGAUGUCUUCAUCAACAAGUAUGCAGAGCACACGCAUGACAAAUGGGCAUUUGAGAAGAUUCAGAACAACUGGACCUACGGAGAGGUGUUAGAUGAAAACGGCAAGACUCACCCGAUGCUGCGGCCGUACAAAACCUUCUCUGAGAAGGACAAGGAGAUCUACCGCUGGCCAAUUAAAGAGUCCAUCAAAGCCAUGCUGGCAUGGGAGUGGACCUUGGAGAAAGCCCGGGAUGGAGAGACAGAGGUGGAGAAGAAGGCCGCCACACGAAAGAUCUCCCAAACCGCUCAGGCCACGUAUGAUCCCAGCCAUGGCUACAGCCCUCAGCCUAUAGAUAUCACGGCAAUGGCUCUGUCCAGAGAGCUGCAGUCCAUGGCCGAGCAGCUGGCGGAGAACUACCACAACACUUGGGGCCGGAAGAAGAAGUUGGAGCUUCAGUCCAAAGGCGGUGGCACCCAUCCUUUGCUGGUACCUUACGACACGUUGACCGCUAAGGAGAAGGCCAGAGACAGAGAAAAAGCUCAGGACCUCCUCAAGUUCCUCCAGCUCAACGGAUACGCUGUGACGAGAGGCAUGAAGGACAUGGAACAAGACAUCUCCUCCAUUGAGAAGCGUUUUGCCUACGGCUUCCUCCAGAAGCUCCUUAAAUGGAUGGACAUCGCCCAGGAGUUCAUUGCUCAUCUUGAGGCGGUGGUCAGCAGCGGUCGAGUGGAGAAAUCGCCACACGAGCAGGAGAUUAAAUUCUUUGCCAAGAUUCUCUUGCCACUGGUAAAUCAGUACUUCAAGAACCACUGUCUCUACUUCCUCUCCACUCCUGCCAAAGUCCUGGGUAGUGGAGGACAUUCCUCCAACAAAGAGAAGGAAAUGAUAGCAAGUAUCUUCUGUAAGUUGGCUGCUUUGGUGAGACACAGAGUUUCUCUUUUUGGAUCGGACGCCAGCGCAGUGGUCAACUGCCUGCACAUUCUGUCCCGCUCGCUGGAUGCCAGGACUGUCAUGAAGUCAGGGCCUGAGAUCGUCAAGGCCGGCCUGCGCCAGUUCUUUGAGAGCGCCGCUGACGACAUCGAGAAGAUGGUGGAGAAUCUCAAGCUGGGCAAAGUGUCCAGCCGCAACCAGGUGAAAGGUGUAGCCCAGAACAUCAACUACACCACCACCGCCCUGCUGCCGGUCCUCACCUCACUGUUUGACCACAUUGCUCAGCACCAGUUUGGAGAUGACGUCAUGAUGGACGACUUGCAAAUAUCCUGUUAUCGUAUCAUGUGCAGCAUCUACUCUUUGGGCACCGUCAAGACGCCGCAUGUUGAAAAGCAGCGACCGGCUCUCGGAGAGUGUUUGGCCCACUUAGCAGCCGCCAUGCCCGUUGCCUUCCUGGAGCCGGUGCUGAAUGAGUUCAAUGCGUUUUCCGUUUACACCACCAAAACCCCCCGAGAAAGAACCAUUCUGGGUCUUCCCAGCCAAGUGGAGGAGCUUUGCCCCGACAUCCCAGAGCUGGAGAUCCUGAUGAAGGAGAUCCACGAUCUGGCCGAGUCCGGGGCCCGCUAUACCGAAAUGCCUCAUGUGAUUGAGAUCACCCUGCCCAUGCUCUGUAAUUACCUGCCACGCUGGUGGGAGAGGGGACUGGAGAACUUCCCAGAGCUGGAGGGGCAGAUCUGCACCUCCGUUACCUCCGAGCAUCUCAACCAGCUGCUGGGAAGCAUCAUGAAGAUUGUGGUCAACAACCUGGGAAUUGAUGAGGCAUCCUGGAUGAAGAGGUUGGCAGUGUUCGCCCAGCCCAUCGUCAGCAGGGCCAAGCCGGAGAUGCUCAAGUCCCACUUCAUUCCCACCAUGGAAAAGCUGAAGAAGCGCUCGGGCAAGGUGGUGGCCGAGGAGGACCAGCUGCGUAUGGAAGGCAAGACGGAGGUGGACAGCGAAAAUGGAACCAUCCGGGACGAAUUUGCUGUGCUGUGCCGUGACCUCUACGCCCUCUACCCCUUGCUCAUCCGCUACGUGGACAAUAACAGGGCGAGAUGGCUAACGUGUCCGGAUCCUGAUGCAGAGGAGCUCUUCAGAAUGGUGGGGGAGGUCUUCAUCUUCUGGUCCAAAUCUCACAAUUUCAAGCGGGAGGAGCAGAACUUUGUGGUGAUGAACGAGAUCAACAACAUGUCCUUCCUCACCGCUGACAGUAAGAGCAAGAUGAGCAAGGCCGGAGACGGAGAGUCGGGAGGCUCAGAGCAGGAGCGUACCAAGAAAAAGCGACGGGGGGAUCGCUACUCGGUGCAGACCUCCCUCAUUGUGGCUGCGCUGAAGAAGAUGCUUCCCAUCGGCCUGAAUAUGUGCUCCCCUGCCGACCAGGAGCUCAUCAACCUGGCAAAGAUCAGAUACUCGCUGAAAGACACAGAUGAAGAAGUGAGGGAGUUUUUGCACAACAAUCUUCACCUGCAAGGCAAAGUAGAGGACCCGGCGAUGCGCUGGCAGAUGUCUCUCUACAAGGAGAUGUCUGGGAAGGCUGAAGACGCCGAGGACCCAGAGAAGGUGGUGAAACGGGUACAAGAGGUGUCUGCUGUCUUGUACCACAUUGAGGUGACGGAGCAUCCCUUCAAGUCCAAGAAAAUGGUGUGGCACAAGCUGCUGUCCAAGCAGCGGCGCAGGGCCGUGGUGGCCUGUUUCCGGAUGACGCCCCUCUACAACAUCCCCACGCACAGAGCCACCAACAUGUUCCUGGACGCGUACAAGCGCAACUGGUUGGAGACGGAAGGCUACUCGUUUGAGGACAAGAUGAUUGAUGACUUAUCUAAAGCCAUGGAGGAAGAGGAAGAAGAGGAAGAAGAGACGGAUACCAAGCCCGACCCCCUUCAUCAGCUCAUUCUUCAUUUCAGCCGAACCGCUCUCACAGAGAAAAUAAAACUUGACGUAGACCACCUGUACAUGUCAUAUGCUGACAUCAUGGCAAAGAGUUGCCACAUGGGUGAGGAUGACGAAGAGGGGGAAGAGGAGGGGGAGGAGCCAUCCUUUGAGGUGCGGCAGACAGAGAUGGAAAAGGAGAUGGAGAAGCAGAGGCUGUUGUACCAACAGUCCCGGCUGCACAACCGCGGCGCUGCGGAGAUGGUCCUGCAGAUGAUCAGCGCCUGCAAAGGUGAGCCUGGAGCCAUGGUUUCUUCCACACUGAAGCUGGGAAUCUCCAUCCUCAAUGGAGGCAACUGUGAUGUGCAGCAGAGAAUGCUGGACUACCUGAAGGACAAAAAGGAUGUGGGAUUCUUCCUCAGCGUUCAAGCUCUGAUGCAAACCUGCAGCGUUUUGGACCUAAAUGCUUUCGAGAGACAAAACAAGGCAGAAGGACUUGGAAUGGUCUCAGAAGAGGGAACCAAUAAGAAGCUUGAACGCGAUGAGAAGGUGAUGGCGGACGAUGAAUUCACGUGCGACCUCUUCCGCUUCCUGCAACUGCUGUGCGAGGGCCACAACAACGACUUCCAGAACUACCUGAGGACUCAGACCGGCAGCACCACCACCAUCAAUGUCAUCAUCUGCACCGUGGACUACCUUCUGAGACUCCAGGAGUCCAUCAGUGACUUCUACUGGUACUACUCGGGGAAGGACAUCAUCGAUGAGCCCGGCAAGAGGAAUUUCUCCAAAGCCAUGACGGUGGCCAAGCAGGUCUUCAACAGCCUGACAGAGUACAUCCAGGGUCCGUGCACGGGGAACCAGCAGUCUCUGGCCCACAGCAGGUUGUGGGACGCCGUGGUGGGCUUCCUGCACGUCUUCGCUCACAUGAUGAUGAAACUUGCUCAGAUGCAUCCAGAUCCUGGACAACCAAACGGCGAUCAUUUUUGGAGUAGAACACCCUGUGAGGACUCCAGUCAAAUUGGGCUGUUGAAGGAACUGUUGGAUCUGCAGAAGGACAUGGUGGUGAUGCUCUUGUCUCUGCUUGAAGGCAACGUAGUGAACGGCACCAUAGCUAAACAGAUGGUUGACAUGCUGGUGGAGUCCUCCAGCAAUGUGGAGAUGAUCCUCAAGUUCUUCGACAUGUUCCUAAAACUGAAGGACAUUGUGGCGUCUGACGCCUUCCGCGACUAUGUGACGGAUCCACGCGGGCUCAUCUCCAAGAAGGACUUCUCCAAGGCCAUGGACAGCCAGAAGCAGUACUCCCCCUCAGAAAUCCAGUUCCUCCUCUCCUGCUCGGAGGCCGACGAGAACGAGAUGAUCAACUUUGAGGAGUUUGCUGAUCGAUUCCAGGAGCCGGCCAAAGAUAUCGGCUUCAACAUUGCCGUCCUCCUGACCAACCUGUCGGAGCACGUCCCACAUGACACGCGCCUGCAGAACUUCCUGGAGCAGGCCGAGAGUGUGCUCAACUACUUCCGCCCCUUCCUGGGCCGCAUCGAGAUCAUGGGCGCUAGCCGCAAGAUCGAGCGUAUCUACUUCGAGAUCAGCGAGGCCAACCGCAACCAGUGGGAGAUGCCGCAGGUCCGAGAGUCCAAGCGGCAGUUCAUCUUUGACGUGGUCAACGAGGGCGGGGAGAGCGAGAAAAUGGAGCUCUUUGUCAACUUCUGCGAGGACACCAUCUUUGAAAUGAACAUCGCCGCCUCCAUUUCGGAACCCGAGGGAGACGGUGCAGAGGAGGAGGAUGAUGACGAAGAGGAGGAGGAGGCAGGCAAGGAAGGAGACUCUGGAGAAGGAGAGGAAGGCAACGGAGAAGCAGAAGCUCCAGAGUCCACCUCGGCCUUUGCGGACUUUCUGGCCAGUGUGGUCAACUUCUUCAACAUGUUCACCUUCCGGAACCUGCGGCGGCGCUACCGCAAGCUUCGGAAGAUGACGGUGAAGGAGAUGGUGAUCGGCCUGGCCACCUUCAUCUACACUGUCCUCAUGGGCAUCUUGAUCUUUGUCUACAACAUCUGCAAGGGCUUCUUCAUGCUCAUUUGGAAGGUGCUCUUUGGCGGAGGCUUGGUGGAGGGCGCCAAGAAGAUGACGGUGACAGAGAUUCUCGCCAGCAUGCCCGACCCCACACAGGAUGAAGUUCACGGGGACCUGCCGCCUGAGCCGGGAGCGAGGGAAGUCCAAGACACCGACGGAGCAGCGGACCUCUUGGAUGCGGGAGGAGGAGAGGAAGAAGAGGAGGACGGCGAGGAGAGAGAAGGCGGGCGCCUGCCUGGUUUCAACGCUCCUGGAGGACUUGGAGACUUUGGGGAGACCACGCCAGAAGAACCUCCCACUCCAGAGGGCACGCCCCUGCUGAAGAGGAAGUUGCUGGCUGCUACAGUCGGAGGACAAGAAGAUGAAGAACAUGUGGAACCUGCUGAAGAAGAGGCAGCUCCAGAGACAGAGAAGGCAGACACCGAGAACGGAGAGAAGACCGAGAAGGUAGAGCCUGAGCCAGAAGUCAGGGAGGAAGAACCCGAAGAAAUCGAGGAGCAGACGGUGACGACGAAGACAAAGAAGGAUAAGAAACCCGUGGAGGAAGGUUUCGAGCUUUGGAACGAGCUGGAGGUUCAGAGGGUGAAGUUCAUGAACUACCUCUCCCGAAACUUCUACAACCUGCGCUUCUUGGCCCUCUUCAUCGCCUUUGCCCUCAACUUCAUCCUGCUCUUCUAUAAGGUGUCUGACAGUCCACCAGGAGAGGAGGACUUGGAAGGUUCUGCUCUGUUUGAGGCAUCAGGAUUAUUUGAAGGCUCUGGUGCGGAUGAGGAAGGAUCAGGCUUUGAAGAUGGUGGCGAGGAUGACGAAGACGAAGGGCCCAUGUACUACUUCCUGGAGGAGAGCACGGGAUACAUGGAGCCGGCGUUGGCGUUCCUCAGCAUCGUCCACACCAUCAUCUCCUUCCUCUGCAUCAUCGGCUACAACUGCCUUAAGGUUCCUCUGGUGAUCUUCAAGAGGGAGAAGGAGCUGGCCAGAAAGCUGGAGUUUGACGGCGUCUACGUGACGGAGCAGCCUGAAGAUGACGACAUCAAGGGCCAGUGGGACAGACUGGUGCUCAACACGCCAACCUUCCCUAACAACUACUGGGACAAGUUUGUGAAAAGAAAGGUGUUGGAUAAAUAUGGUGACAUCUACGGCAGAGAGAGGAUCGCGGAGCUGCUGGGCAUGGACUUGGCCUCUCUGGACGUCAGCGCCAUGACGCACGAUAAGAAGCCCGAACCCGACAACUCUGUGUUCAGCUGGAUAACAUCCAUCGACAUCAAGUACCAGAUCUGGAAGUUUGGUGUUGUGUUCACGGACAAUACCUUCCUGUACCUGGUCUGGUACAUGCUCAUGUCUCUGCUCGGACACUACAACAACUUCUUCUUCGCCGCUCACCUCCUGGACAUCGCCAUGGGCGUCAAAACCCUGCGCACCAUCCUGUCCUCCGUCACACACAACGGCAAGCAGCUGAUGAUGACGGUGGGCCUGCUGGCCGUGGUGGUGUACCUCUACACCGUGGUGGCCUUCAACUUCUUCCGCAAGUUCUACAACAAGAGCGAGGAUGAGGACGAGCCCGACAUGAAGUGUGACGACAUGAUGACGUGUUACCUGUUCCACAUGUACGUCGGCGUGCGAGCCGGCGGCGGCAUAGGAGACGAGAUCGAGGACCCGGCAGGAGAUGAGUACGAGCUCUACCGAGUGGUCUUUGACAUCACCUUCUUCUUCUUUGUCAUCGUCAUCCUGCUGGCCAUCAUCCAAGGUUUGAUCAUCGACGCCUUUGGAGAGCUGAGAGACCAGCAGGAGCAGGUCAGGGAGGACAUGGAGACAAAGUGCUUCAUCUGCGGGAUCGGGAGCGACUACUUUGACACGACGCCGCACGGCUUUGAGACCCACACUUUAGAGGAGCAUAACCUGGCCAACUAUAUGUUCUUCUUGAUGUAUCUCAUCAACAAGGAUGAAACGGAGCACACGGGACAGGAGUCAUAUGUGUGGAAGAUGUACCAGGAACGCUGCUGGGACUUCUUCCCGGCCGGAGACUGCUUCCGUAAGCAGUAUGAGGAUCAGCUGGGAUAAAGUUGCCAUGUGUCGAUGAGGAGAAAGAAGCAAAAAGGAACUUCAUAAGGGAGGAAAGAUAUCAGUAACUCAAUAAUGUCAUGCUAUGCACACUUUGACUGCACUACAGUACACCUGCAGCAAUCACCUUCCAUCAAAUGUUAGCAUCACGGUAAAGACGCCAGCGGCCUUUUUUAACGGUCAUGUCCAUAGAUUGCCUUGCAUAUCAGCUGCUUCGAGACGCAACAGUCGCCUCCUUCAUUCAUCACUCAAUGUUGUCCCUAAACGCAUCAUCUUCUUAAGAGCCUGAAGGUGAGCGUGUGGACGCUGUGUUUUAGUGCCUAUAGCAAAGUCACUGCUUUGGAAUAUGCUUUAUUAACUGUUGUAGGAUGUGCGGUCCUGGCAGGACCGCCUCAGAAGCUCCCACAGCUGUUUUCUUGAUAGUUGGGGAGGGGGGG